AUGAUAAAGGUUCAUCGCAACACUUCCCUCAAGUACACUGAUACGAAGUACGAUGAGAGAACCCUGAACAUAAAAGACAACUUGACUGCAGUUGUGAAUGCCCUGUGGCGGGCAGCUAUAAUCCCUGGUGUCCUGGUGGCCGCGAGAGAUCUGAACACACAAGUAAGACAGUCUAGACCAUUUGAGACUCGGUUAGGUUAUUAUCUUGGAGUGGACUCGUGUCCUCCUCACCGUUCUUAUCAAUAUAUAUGUGCACUACUUCGAGUGUCCUCCCUCCAGUUCGUUCACAAUCUUUCACGUCUGAAUAGACGGCUGAACAGUUGUCAAGAUCAGGAGGCGUUGGAAGCGCCGAAAGGAUCGGAAUGGUGCUCGCAAGUUGGUGAACAGACGGCUGAACAGUUGUCAAGAUCAGGAGGCGUUGGAAGCGCCGAAAGGAUCGGAAUGGUGCUACUUCGCAAGUUGCGCUUUGUUUUUUGGCCGGUUUGCUUCUUAGCGCAGAGCGACUUUUCUUGCAGUAACGUAUCCCCUUUUGGCCGCGGUUUGGAGAUGGAAGGAACUUCCGUUCCUCUGUUAACCAGUUUGGGUAUACUCGGAGUUCACGCGCCACUCUAUCUUGAUUGCCUUGGAUUUCCUGAACUGAUACAGAAACGGACCGAGGUAAUGCUGAACGAUGGAAUCCAGCUUGUCUGUGUUCCCUGGUCUUUUGGAGGUAUUGAUGUGAAUGGGUUCGAUGAAGCUGGAUUGGUGGACUUCAGUUCUGUUUCAUCUGAGUUGAUAUGUUGCGUACUUGAGAUUUUGACAGAUACCAGUUCGGCUGGUACUGUUGGAAGGACCGAUGCAACUCCGCCUGUCUGCUUAUCACAUGACGUCAUGCGACACAUUCAAAUAUCAUAUCGAUUAAACUACGGGAUCAUCUAA